ACGCCACACGGGUCGUCGAGCGCUGGCGAGGCGGCUGGGUCGGCGAGUAGGCCGAGCGGCGGAGGGCGUUUCUUCGACGUGGGGCUCUCUCCCGGCCGGAGGGAGCGGAGCGCGGCCAUGGCCGCUUGUGGCACCUGCGCCGCGGCCGCGCGGCUCCUCAGCUCGUCGCUGCCGUCGGCGUGCAGAGGACAGUUCUAUGCAUAUCUACCCAGAAGAAUUACAUGCGGCCGUACCUGCUUCCCUGUUUUAGGAAUAAUUGGGAUUUGUGAAACUCAGUCUCUAAGAACUAUUCCUUUUAGAACUUUUUCUGAAACACCAGCAUACUUUGCUUCUAAAGAUGGUGCAAGCAAAGAUGGUUCAGGAGAUGGCAGUAAGAAAGCCGUUGGAGAAGGCAGUAAAAAGUCAAGCUCCGGAAACUCUGGCAAAGGUGGAAGCCAGCUGCGAUGCCCAAAGUGCGGUGAUUUAUGCACACAUGUGGAGACUUUUGUCUCUUCCACCCGCUUUGUGAAAUGUGAAAAAUGCCACCACUUCUUCGUUGUGUUGUCAGAAGCCGAUUCUAAGAAGACCAUCCUCAAAGAGCCAGAGACAGCCGCUGAAGCUGUAAAAUUGGCCUUCCAACAGAAGCCGCCACCUCCGCCCAAGAAGAUUUAUAACUACCUCGACAAGUAUGUUGUUGGUCAGUGUUUUGCAAAGAAGGUCCUUUCGGUUGCUGUAUACAAUCACUAUAAGAGAAUCUACAACAACAUCCCUGCCAAUCUGAGGCAACAAGCUGAAGUUGAAAAGCAAGCUUCUCUAACUCCAAGAGAAUUAGAAAUAAGAAGACGGGAGGAUGAGUACAGAUUUACAAAACUUCUCCAGAUUGCUGGUAUUAGUCCCCACGGCAAUGCUUUAGGGGCAUCCAUGCAGCAGCAGGUGAAUCAACAGAUGCCUCAGGAAAAACGAGGAGGUGAAGUAUUAGAUUCUGCCCAUGAUGAUAUCAAGCUCGAAAAAAGCAAUAUUUUGCUGCUUGGACCAACCGGCUCAGGUAAAACUCUGCUCGCCCAGACUUUGGCUAAGUGCCUGGAUGUCCCUUUUGCAAUCUGUGAUUGCACUACCUUGACUCAAGCUGGUUAUGUCGGUGAAGAUAUUGAGUCUGUCAUUGCAAAACUUCUGCAGGAUGCCAAUUACAACGUAGAAAAGGCCCAACAAGGCAUUGUUUUCCUGGAUGAAGUGGAUAAGAUUGGCAGCGUCCCAGGCAUCCACCAGUUACGGGAUGUGGGAGGAGAGGGCGUUCAGCAAGGGUUGUUAAAAUUACUGGAAGGUACCAUUGUGAACGUUCCAGAAAAGAAUUCCCGCAAGUUACGUGGUGAGACAGUGCAGGUUGAUACAACCAACAUCCUAUUCGUAGCUUCUGGUGCUUUUAAUGGUCUGGAUAGAAUCAUCAGUCGGCGGAAAAAUGAAAAGUAUCUUGGCUUUGGCGCAUCAUCAAAUCUAGGGAAAGGCAGAAGAGCCGCUGCAGCCGCCGACCUGGCUAAUCUGGGUGGCGAGUCCGAUUCUGAGCAAGAAAUGGAAGAGAAAGAUCGCUUGCUUCGACAUGUGGAAGCACGAGAUCUGAUCGAAUUUGGCAUGAUCCCUGAAUUUGUAGGACGCUUACCAGUAGUAGUUCCCCUGCACAGCCUGGAUGAGAAGACUCUCGUGCGGAUUCUUACGGAGCCCCGGAAUGCAGUGAUUCCCCAAUACCAGGCAUUAUUCAGCAUGGACAAGUGUGAAUUAAAUGUCACGGAGGAUGCUUUAAAGGCAAUAGCGAGACUGGCUCUAGACCGCAAGACGGGGGCUAGAGGCCUUCGAUCUAUAAUGGAAAAGUUACUGCUGGAACCAAUGUUUGAAGUACCGAACUCUGACAUAGUAUGUGUGGAGGUUAACAAAGAUGUUGUGGAAGGGAAAAAAGAACCAGGAUAUGUCAGGACUCCAACUAAAGAUUCCUCUGAGGAAGAAUACGACUCGGGAGUAGAAGAAGAAAGCUGGGCCCGUCAAGCAGAUGCCGCAAACAAUUAAACAGUCAGAAUGUUGUGCAGCAAAAGCACUCAGUGUGUCUGUCUUUGUUUGAGACCAUACCUGGCUCUGCAACCUAGUGCUAAAAUUGGAUUUCUCCUGAAUAGGACACAUGGUUGAAAACUUUGACUUCUCUAAUGGGAAAUCAGAUCAUGAGUUUCUGUAACAUAACACUGAUCUGUUCAGUGGACACUUGGACUAAAAAUGAUAUAAUGUUCAGAAAUUGAAUUGUAUAUUACGUUUUCUUCAAUUAAAAAACACACACACAAAGAUAUGCUUUUUAAAAUUGCUGAAGAGGGAUGAUUACAUAAUGUACAUUUUCCCCUUUAAUUCCCACUCCUCCCUAAGUUCCUCUGCAACUGGAAACUUUGAACCAAUGUUCAAGCGCUCUUGACAUGUGUAAUCUUAGGCAGCCUGCAGUGUUCCCUAAACCUAAGAUUAAGUGACUUCAGCAAUUCCCUACUGAGGUUAAAGAAUACGUUCAUUAACAGGUAUAGCUGCUGCCAACAAACAAAACAUUGAUGUCUGGUUUGUGAACCAUCAUGAAAAGAUUUGGAUGGUCAUUGGGCAAAUAAAUUAUAAAGUCACAUUUUAUAAGAACCCAGUUACUUUCACUCAAUCACUCAAUCCUAGGUUAAAAUGCAGUGCUGAUAUCAGAAGUAUUUAGGUAAUUUUACAGCAAGGAAACUGCAAAACUGGGCAGGGGAAGCUAUUUCAUGUAUGAAUCUUGGUUUGAAGAUCAUUCAGUAUGGGUUAACAGCUCUCAUGUUUUAAAUGCAGUGGGAGCUGGAGUUACUUGUUACAUUUAUUAUGGAAGCCAUCACUAAAAAUGGGAUAUCCAAGCUUCAGAGGCUGUAUUUUUGUCCACAAACUCCAUAGUAGUUAUUGACAAGCACCCAGACUGCUCUAGAGUAAACAGACUGUACACUGUGGCCAUAUUUUAGAGCAUUGCAUCCCAUUUUCCUAAAAACAUAAUGCAAUGCAUUAAAUAAUUACAUGUAAUACCAAAGGGUUUUUUUAAUAUUAUUUAAAUAUAUAUGCCAUUUAGAAAAAAAAAUGAGAUAUAAGAACAGGUGAACAAAUGAGGUGCUGCACCUCUUGUGAGUAGAAUAAAGGUUAAAGGAACAGCCCAUAGACUAUUUAAAAAUUUAUGCCAAUUUUUUAAAUAUUGUACAUUAAUUGAACAUAUUAAAAGCAUCACGCAUCAAUUUUUUGGUGCCAGAUAUUUUUCCCAGCCUACCUUCUUAUACCAUGAAGAGACAAAACAACGUAACACAAUUGUAUAUUUUUCAUGUCAAUAGGCACUGUUUGCACAAAAUCCUUAUUUAAAUUAUAAGCUUAGAUAGAUACAGCAUCCUGUUACUUUUAAAUCUUUUGUUUUCCAGUUAACUUGAUGCUUUAGUAUUUGUAAAAACACAGAAAAAGGACCGCUAAUGUUCUUGAUUCAUUUCUGAAAAUUAAAAUCUGUACCUACAAA